AUGCUGCCGCCGCAGGCGGAAGGCAUGUUCCGGCAGGCGCUGGACGCCGAGCUGGCCGCCCAGCGCCCGCAGGAGGCGCCAGGCGCCGCGCCCGCGGCACCUCCGCCGCCCGUGCCGCCGCCGGCGCAGGCGGCGCCGGCGGGUUCCGAGCUGCACGACGCGGCGCUGGUGCCGGGCACUGAGGUGAUUAUCCAGGGGCUCGUGAAGUUGCCGGAUUUCAACGGCCUCACCGGCGUUGUGCAGUCGCUGGACGCCGAGAGCAUGCGGUACGACGUGCUCCUCGACGGCCCCGCCGGCCAGUGCGGCUGGCGCUGGGUCAAG